CUUACGUAUACCUUACUCGAGCUAACUCCUCUUUUACUCUUUUGGUUCUGCAAGUCUCAACAUUAGAGGUGAAUGAGGUCAGCUUGGGUUACACACACACCUGCAAGAGACACCUGCUCAUAAAUAAUUACCCAGCUGAUGGAUGCUCACAGAAUUGCGUGGAUGUGUGUGUUGGCACUAGCUUGCUUGCUAGUGACGGAAGAAAGAUGGACAUUUCGGUUCUUCCCAACAACAAUCACCCAGAGAAGUUCCUUCAGCUGGACGUGGGGAUGUUGCCCUUUACACAUGGGAUGUUUCAGGUUGAGGCAGCCAUGACGGGGCAGAGGCACUGGCACAAUAGGGUCUAUUCACAGGUAGGUGGGUACCUGGAAAAGCACAUCACCCCAGUUACCUUCAAAACCAACAUUAAGAGGAAUCCACUAUACAUGGACAUCCGGACUGUAGACUCGGGGGAAACCCAAAAGUCCAAACCCUCCUGGACAAUACAGGAGUAUGACAGACACUCUAUCCAUGCCAACCUAGCAGACUACAUGAAGAAGACUCCAAAAGAUCUUGACUUCUGGCUAGAGGAUCUAUACACGCCCGGAUAUGAUUCCUUACUCAAGAAGAAGGAGGCAGAACAAAAACGAAAAAAGAUGUGCAAAGUAGUUAGCUGGAUUAUUCUGUCAAUCUGUGUGAUCAUUGUUAUCAUCACAGUCCCAAUUGUGAUCUCAAAGAGAAAUAAUAACUAA